ACGGCAAGAUUCACUCACGCUCACACACAGUUGAGGCGCGAGGCGCGUCCGUGUGCGCCGCAGCGUCGCGUUCACGCCUCUACAAGAAGAAGCAGUAUUAUUUCUUCCAUUAUAAUUUUAAACUGACAGGUGAAUCGUUCGGUGUCGGCUCCCUGUCCGCCGUCUGUGGACUGAUGUGGAUGUGACGCUAGAAUGGGCGAAUUCCGCUGGAUUUGACUCUAACUGUGGAAAUGGAUCCCACAUUCUCACUUGGAGACAAAGAUGAGGUCCAUGUGGAGGAUGUGGGGCCCCUGCGCCUGAGGAUGCGUGAGCGUCUGCUGUGGGACGAGCCGCUGCAGAUCUCCUGGCUGAUGGAGGCCGAGCCGUUCACCUCCUCCCUCCAGACGGGGGGUCCUGUGGCGGGCGCCGGCAUGACCCUGGAGCAGAAGACCACCUUUGCCUUCGUCAUCUUCCUCUUUGUCUUCCUCUGCAUGCUGAUCGUGCGCUGCUUCCGCAUCCUGCUGGACCCCUACCGCAGCAUGCCCACCUCCACCUGGGCAGACGGUCUGGACGGCCUCGAGAAGGGCCAGUUUGAUUACACACUGGCAUAGAGACACACACACAUACGGUGAUGAAGACACACACUCCCGCAGAACGCUGGGCAUCCUGGAGCCACACACAAACACAUGACACUGUGUAAAAAAUACAUCAAGAAAACAGUAAUUCUGCAUAUGAGCAGCUCUGCCACAAGCUUGUGGAGACGACUCACACACUCACACACACACACACACACACACACACACACACUGCCAUCCUCACAUACAAGAUGUUGUUUCAGAAAGAGAGUGUGCUGUGCUUUAUUCCAGGCCGAGUGGAUCUUGAGCUCUUAUUAGCGCUGAGACACAGGGUAGCCCUCUUUUAUAUCCUCCUAAAUACAGCCCUCGUUUCCUCAUGUAUCUGUGCUGUCGUUAACUGCCAAGUACAAAUCUCUAGAAGAGACCGUUUAUAAGCACUUCAUAAACACUUAUGACGCUUUUGUCAAAAUAGCCUUAAAAAAAAUACAAAAAAAAAAAAAAACCUGUACUGUAAUCGGCCACUGUCAAAGUUUACAUGAUUCAUUACUGGCAUUACUGCAGUGCUUCUGGUCUAGCUGAUAUGAAUACACAGUUAGGAUAGGCUAUUAGAUGCACAUCUGAAAGCUCAUUCAUGGUAGGAACUGCAGGAUCAGUCAGCCUUAGCACAAUAAAUACUCUGAUCUUAGAUCACGUCUUUACCUGUAUACUCUUAGGCUGUAGUUUCGUAAGCCUUAACCCGCGAAGCUGCCAUCUGGAGACGCGUCAUAAUGUGAAGUUUCACAAGCCAUUUGAGCCGAACGCUAAUCUUGAAAAUCCAUGUUCUGUGAGCUGAUAAACUCAUACCAGUAAUGAUGUGGAGGCUCCUCUGCCCUGUCGAUCGUAGCUCAUCUCACCGAUGAUCGUGAUGAUUUGUGUUGCACUACUUCAUCGUACCUGCUGUCACUGUGAACGAGUCAACGAGCUUUAGAGCACUUAGUAAAGGAUGAUUUAUAAAUGUCAUGACAAAGAUUUAACAACCAUUCAAACGCUGAUAGCUUUGAAAGACUGAAAAUGCUGGGGUUGGAGUGAACAGACAGUUUUCAUCGAUCCUCAUGAAGCACUGAUACAAAGCCCUAAACAGCUCUGCCUGUGAGUUUCUGUAUAGUAUGUGGAGCCUCAAAUCAAUGAGAAUUUGUAUUUAGACCUUCAUACUGUUUAGAAAUAAAUGUCUGUGCUGUAAAACAGAGGAAUAAUAAAUCUAGGAAACCAAGCACCAGUAUAUUCAAACCAAGAUGAUUCUGAAUUAUGAUGCUUUGUUUUAUUAGUGUCACAACCUCAUUUGUGUUUCAAAGAGAUAGUUAAUAAAACAUUUCCAAAGCAG